CAGGGCCUGUUAUCCUAAGCAAGAUCCCGAGCGUGGAGGCAGUCACAUGAUCUCGACAGAUGACUUGGAAUAUCCGCGGGAGUACCGGACGCUGGGGAACAGCACCCGGCGCUUCUCCAAUGUGGGCCUGGUGCACACGUCGGAGCACCGCCACACCGUCAGUGCUGCCCAGAGCCUGGAGGCCCUGACCAACCUGCACAAGGCCGACAUGGAACGCAAGAGGGAUGCCUUCAUGGACCACCUGAAGAGCAAGUACCAGCAGCAGCAGCAGCAGCAGCAGCAGCAGCUGCAGCAUCCACACCACAGCCCGCACCACAACCCGCCAUCGCCAUCACCCUCCCACACCAGCAUGAGGGGCACGUCGGAGCGCUCUGCACGUGAGCAGCAACAGCCCAACUACUGGAGCUUUAAGAGCCGCAGUCCCCGGCAUUCCCAGUCUACCCAGUCUGGGCUCGCCGACCAGGCCGCCAAGCUAUCCUUCGCCUCUGCCGAAUCCUUGGAGACCAUGUCGGAGGCCGACAUCCCAAUCGGGUUCAACCGGAUGAACCGUUUUCGCCAGAGCCUGCCGCUGUCCCGCUCUGCCAGCCAGAAUAAGCUGCGAUCUCCAGAUGAAUUUGCAGGCGUGCUGUUCCUGCAGUAUGGGGACGAGACGCGCCGCGUGCACAUCACCCACGAGCUGAGCAGCCUGGACACGCUGCACGCCCUGAUCGUCCACAUGUUCCCUCAGAAGCUGACCGCAGGUAUGCUGAAGUCCCCCAACACGGCCAUCCUGAUCAAGGACGAGGCGCGCAACGUCUUCUACGAGCUCGAGGACGUGCGGGACAUCCAGGACCGCAGCAUCAUCAAGAUUUUCCGCAAAGAGCCCAUCUAUGCCUCUUACCCUGCUGCUGCACACCUGGCGAAUGGAGAUCUGAGGAGGGAGAUGGUGUAUUCCUCUCGCGACUCCUCCCCAACCCGCCGCCUCAACACCCUCCCCUCCUCCUCGGCCUCAGCCUCUUCUGGCUCUCCAUCCCGCUCACGCCUCUCCUACAGCGGCGGCCGCCCUCCGUCCUUCGCCGGGUCCCAUCCUCAGCACGAACAGGCCAGGCACCCCCACCAUCCCUCAGCCGGCCACGGUGCCAAUGCAGGCCUGUCUCCUUCACCCAGCGCCAUCCUGGAGCGCCGUGAUGUCAAGCCUGAUGAAGAGGUUUCUGCGAAAAACAUGGCGCUAAUGAAGAAUGAGGGGCUGUAUGCAGAUCCCUACAGCUUGGUGCACGAGGGCCGCCUCAGCAUCGCUUCCACUCAGUCUUUAGCUGCCAUCGGAGACCCCUUUAGUUUCCCUGUUUCCAGUGGCCUGUACCGCCGGGGCUCUGUGCGGUCCCUCAGCACCUACUCAGCUGCAGCUCUUCAGGGUGAUCUGGACGACUCCCUCUACAAACCUGGUGGUUCGCUCUACUCCGACACAUACUCCUCAGCCACUCUGGGGAUGGGCUUUCGCAUGCCGCCCUCAUCGCCACAGAAAAUCCCUGACAUGCAGCUGAGGGAAAGGGACUUGUACUCCAGCUCGCCCAGCAGAGCCUCACCUGUCAGGCAGACGUUUCGCAAGGACUCGACCUCUUCCUCCGUGUUUGUGGAGAGCCCAAAGUCAAGGCCCAGCUCCAGUUCAGAACCUCUGUGUCUGACAGCCGGGCCUGGGGAGGGUGGCAGGGCCACGCCUGGUUUUGGUUCCUCGUUGUCUGGACAAGACUCUGACAGUAGCAGGGAUCAUCGUCUGGAGCGUAUGGAGGCCAUGGAGAAGCAGAUCGCCAGCCUGACUGGCCUGGUCCAGAGUGUGCUGACCAGAGCACCAGACAGUGACAGCACAUGCGGCCUGCUGCGUCUCUGCAUGAUGGCGGGCUGCCCUCCAGACCAAGGGACGGAGUUCUCACGGCCAUUACCUUUUUCUUCCAGCGAGAAGACCGAAACCAACAGCGACGGCUCCGCCACUGGAACUGGACGGCUGAAGAAGAAAGCUCAUACACCAUCGGCACCGCUAGCUCUGAUGCCACCACCACCCUCUAUCGCAACCCAGGUCAACAGCGUCGGCCGCUUGCAGAUGCAGCUCCACCUGCACGGCCUGCAGCAAAACGCCAGCGACCUGCGCAAACAGCUCACCCAGCUGCGCAAGACACAGAUGGAGAACCAGGCUUCGGUGAAAACUCUGCUGAAGCGGACAGAAGCGGAGCUGAAUGUGCGUGUUGCUGACGCCUUGAGGAAGCAGGAGGAUCCUCUGCAGAGACAGCGCCUCCUGGUGGAAGAGGAGAGACUCAAGUACCUCAACGAGGAGGAGCUCAUCAUUCAGCAGCUCCACGACCUGGAGAAGUCGGUGGAGGAGAUCCAGAAGGAGUCAUCUGUCAACCACAAGCUUGUGACAGUGCAGGAGCUGGAGGAGAAGGCCACCGUUCUGAGAAAACUGGGAGAAACGCUCACAGAACUGAAAAAUCAGUUCCCGGGCCUGCAGAGUAAGAUGCGGGUGGUGCUCAGGGUAGAAGUCGAGGCCGUCAAAUUCCUGAAAGAGGAGCCGCACAGACUUGAUGCCCUGUUAAAACGCUGCAAAACUAUAACCGACACCCUCGCCACCAUGCGCAAACAAGCAAAUGAAGGGGUGUGGAAGAAGCAGGAGGACUUCUCCAGUCCCUCAUCGAAGCACAAUGACGACCUGCGAAAGUUUCCAGACUUUGACAUUCCCACCAGCCCACCCCUCACCAUCAAUGACCUUGGGGGAGGCAACAGCCUGUCCAAUUGGAGCCCUCACUCCAGCUUCAGCCGAGUCCACGGGAACCCGUCCGGCCCUCACAAGGAUAAUUAUCCUCCUGUUCCCCACAAGGGCAGAGCCCUGGAGGAGCUUGAGCGUCGCGCUGCUGCGGACAAAGCUUUGUCCGUAGAGGUCCGACUGGCAGCAGAGCGGGAUUGGGAAGAGAAGCGGGCCAGUCUGACCCAGUACAGCGCUCAGGACAUCAACCGCCUGUUAGAGGAGACCCAGGCUGAAUUAAUGAAGGCGAUUCCAGACUUGGACUUUGCUGCCAAGCAGAUUAAACCCUCCUCAAGCACAACUUCCUCCCAAAAUCCUCAGAGUGGGAUGGCCAGCACAGAGCACCGUGUCAGCAAACCCCAGCACAAGCUUUCUGGGAAGGAGGGAUCCCGGCGUGGCUCUGAUGAACUGACGGUGCCUCGAUAUCGAACAGAGAAACCCUCCAAGUCUCCUCCUCCACCACCACCUAGACGGAGCUUCCCCUCCUCUCCAGGCCUGGUCACCCGCAGUGGAGAGCCCCUCAUUGUUGGAAAAAGUAUAAAGCAGAAGUCUGAAUCUGAGGAGACUGAAGCCCAGAAGCCUCACAUAAAACUGCGGAGGACUGUGUCUGAAAACCCUCGUCCUGCAUCGACACCCCCCACACUGGCCUCCGGGGACAAGGAGGAAGGGGAGGAGGAGAAAAUUGCUGCAGAAUUGGAGGGAGGGAAUGUCUCCAGCGUCGGUAAAGUUCUCCACACCUCAGCUACCUCCAAGCUGAAGCACCUGCAGCAGAACAGCACAGACAAGACUAAAGGCGGCAAAAGAGAGGACUUUGUGAAGAUCCAGGGCCAGCAGCAGCAGUGAGCCACCUCUCCGUGUCCGGCCUCUUCAGUCUCCUUCUUCUCAUGUUCACCCGAUGACACAUCUCCAUCUGCCUCCUUUUUACUUUAUUAACUCCCUUCACAUCUCAAGUGUUUUCUAAAAUCAACCCUGAACGCCAGUCUGUGUGCAUUUGUGGACGUGUGUGAGUGUAUGUGUGCAAGCAUGCGUGCACGGGCAUGUUUGACUGUAUUGGUGAGGGAAGGAGCCUGAAGGGGACAGUGCCCAGCCACAACUGUUUGUAAGACUUAAGUUUUUCAUGAUUUCCCCUUUUGAUCCUUUAAAAAACAUCAUCUCUUUACAUUCCAACCCUCCCACCUCCUGUCUCCUGUGUCCCUGCUCUACCCUGAAGGCCUUGGGGACCAACAGAACCAGCAGCAGUAUUGAACCAUACCUCUCUGGCAUCAAAACGGGCAUUUUCUCAAGUCGAGCAGCCUCUCCUUCAACAGCGUUUACCCCUGGCCCGAGGAAGCACCACAAGGAGGGGGGAAUACCGUCCUUGACAGCCUCCCCUAGUCAAGCAAAGGCGCUGCUGGCAAGCCUGACCGCCUCCGGCUUGAGCGCAGAGGCCCUGCUCCUCUCCUCCACCCUCCGUCAUCACCGGCUUCUGCGCGAGCAGCGAGCCUCCUCCUUGCCUCUGCCCAGCAGCAAGUCCUCUUCUCCUACUCCUACUGCCUCCUCUUCCUCCUCUUCCUCACCCACCACCCCUACUCCAUCCCUGUCUCCCUCCUCUCCCACCCCCCUGAGUUCCCUCACCCUCCCCUCUGGGGUUCUCAAGCCCAGCGGUCGUAGCCUUGACAGCUGCAGCCUCGAUGAGGAGGAGGGUAGCGAGCCUGUGAAUAAGGACCUCACCCCUGGCAACUCUCUGUGAGGAAGAGGAAGAGGAGGAUGAAGACAUAGAACAAUGCAUUUCAAGCCUCCUGUCGUCACGAACCAUUACCAUUUUUAAAGAUUUAUUUCUUUUUUUUCCCUUGUUCCUCUUCUCUACUUUUGUCUGCAGUUUGCAGAGUCAUGACAUUUCCAUGGAAAGAACUACCAUUCUAUAAAUGGAGUCACAAUCUUCCUCUUGGAAAAGUUUCCUCCUCUGAUCUGGCUCCACAGUUUCUCUGAAGUUCUCCCACACACUCAUACUGCCAGUUUCCCAGCUCGAGGGCCCUCCCCUCCCAGCAGCCUGCUAUAAGCUGACGCGGUCUGGAUGAAUUAACUGACAGCGCCGAUCUCAUGUAUACCCUCACUCAGUGGGUCGUUAGUGGAGUAGAUAUAUAAUAUCUGUGACUUUUAUCAUAGAAAAUAGAAUGCAAUAAUCACAAAGUGAGUCCUGUAGUCGUGUGUGUUCUGGAUAAUAUUACUCUCACUUACCUGCAUCACAGCAGAACGUGAGCCCGCUCAGAAAAAAAAGAAGAAAAAAUCAAAAGUAGAUCGAGGUGAUGGUUGUGGUUUUAAGCUGUUCAAAGGGCAUUUGUGGCUUUUCUUGCAUCACAUGUGUUUUACAUUCUGAACUGGUGCUAAGUUUUCCCCUCUGUUUGUACACACUGUGUGAAGAGUUUACAUGACUGUCCCUGACCUUUGACCUGCGCUUUGUCUGCUAUCAAUUCAUAAUAUCUAUAUGCAGAUAUUCCCUACGAAAGUUAGGAAUUAAUUAUGAAAAUAUUAUUGAAAUAACACUAUACCUACAAAAGCACACUGCAGGAAGCAGUCCUAUUAUAGCACAUAUUCAAAAUGGAACAAACAUGCACAGAUACACAAACAGAAGGGAAAAAAUGCAAAUCAUGUAAACAAAUGUUCAUACAGAUGUUAUAUACAAAAGUUGAAUCUCUGUGAGUGUGUACGAGCUAGUGAAUUAUGACAAUCAGGAUGUUCCCACUGUAGCAUCUCACAGGUUGCUAUGGCAUUUUUAGCACCUGACAUCACCCAACCAUCCCAAAGACUCAAGCACAUCCGGCUACAGAUAACACACACACACAUUCUGUCACACGUGUAAACCCAAGCUGUUCGCAGAAGCACAGACCCUGCUAGUUGAAAUGUGCUUUUUUUGUUCAGGAAUUUUGGGUGAUGAUUCAUCUUAAGUCUCAUCUGUUGAAAAUAGCACUCUGGUUAAAACAUGCUACAUCGACUGGAACAUGAUUUUACCCUGAUUUUUACAUUUUCAAUUUGCAGACCUUAUUGAAGAAGCUUCUUUAUACAAGAACAAAAUGUAUCUUUACUCCAGUGAAUUGAUGACUCUUGACAUCAUUUCAACCCUUGGUAGUCUUUGAAAGAUAAAUCAGCACAUAUUUAGGAACUCCAGAUGCAGUGCGACUCUGAAAGGGUCUGAGAGGAGAAUAUAUAGAAAUAUAAAUCGAGCACAGUUUCCUCUAACACACAUUUCUGACCCUAAUUUUCACUUAUUGCAUCUGGUUGAUCAUGACGAGCACAAAAUUACAAGGGCGAGAGCCGGAAAAACAUUCCCGCACAUUUAAAAUGCUGUACAUUAGAUUUAGCCGACGUUUCCGUGGCCUCGUUUGGUUUCUAUUACCUGCAUGUUCAAACAUGAAACAUUUAUGAAUGUCCGGGCCUCGGAGUUCCUCAGUGACAGAAGUAUAAAGCACCUCAAAGGUCUAUCAGUGUGACCCCUGCACAAGGAACCAUUCUGAAGCUCCCUGUCCUGUGUUGCCGCCUUGUGCCGAGGUUGAACCGACAGUCGUAGACAAAGUGAUUUUUUUGACCGCGUGAAAUCGAUUAAUUUUGGCAUUGAGAUUAAAACAUGUGCAAAGGGGCUCAUGUCAAAGAGAAGGCAGCUUGAGGAGAGAGGAUUAGUUUGGAGACGUGUCUGAAGGCUACUUUAAUAAGAGCGGCUUUGAGUUGCCGUCUCCAUCGAGAGCACUCGUGACAUUAAGGACCCAAAGAGAUGAGAGGAAGGGUUUGACAGUCAGGGAGCCAUUAAGCAGCUGUUCUUUCCUUGCCCCUUUCACUUUGCUCUGUCUUUGGUGUUAGUCCUCAAUGAAAUAAAAACCGCUCAGUUGAGGUUACACUGGUUCAAAGUUUGAUGGGCCUCAGUUCUGAACAGUGCAAUAUGUAAUUAGCACUCUUACAACUUAACCAAGACAGUGCUUUUACCCUUUGGGAAACCCCUGCCUGUUUUUCUCUAGAAGGACCUGUACCAGUGUUUUUUUUCCCAGUGCCUCUAAGAUUUUGUUCUUGCCAGAAGUCCGACGUUGAUCUCGUGUGACAGUAUUAGAUCGACAGCAAUGACAGAAUAACACUUUUACCCAAAGAAGAGGCUGCCAAAAAAUAUGGGCUUACCCCCCAUUUUUUUUGUGCAGCAAAAAAGAAGACCACACUUGAAAUGCAGAGUGUGUCAGGUUGCAACGGUGACAUGUGACCAAAACACUCAGAUCUGUCAAAGUGCAAAACUGCGAGCCCACAGCGCAGCGAAUUAAGCCUCACCCUGGGCGCUCUGCAGCUCUGCCAAGCAGGUUCAAGCCCUGGGCUUCGUAUUGAGUGAAGUCAAAUGAAAGAAAUUCACUUACUCAUGCUGUUCCACUCUCAAAUCCAUAACUUUUCCGAGUUGAAUUUGCUGCAUUGACGUCUGGAGCGCAUUGGGGAGGAAGUGUUCAUGCUUGGCCGCUUUUCCCCAAGUGACAUCUGAGAUGAAACCCUAUGAGAAUUGCGUGACGUUGCCCUCUGGAAUUUUUUUUUUUUUUUUUUUUUUUUCAAGACAAGUGUUGCUGUGAUUUCAACAUGGCUGAACGCUUAGAGGGCAUGUUGCGGAUACCCCUGGCAAUCAGAAAAACUCUUGCAAACUUGAAAUCAAACCUAGAAGAAAUAUACAUAUAUAAAUAUAUCUAAGUGCGAUGUUUGUGUAUGAUAUUAUAAUUGUGAAGAAAAGUGUGAUAUAUAUAUAGGCCUAGAUUAAAUUAUAUACUGUAAAAUGUCAUCAUCUCUUCGGUUUUAUAUAUUAGUGACCAUUUUGUACAGAUUUUUUUUCUUUUUUAACUCAUUGUAAGAGAUAAUAACAUUUCACACUGAGAUUAUUUAUUCAUAUGCAGAACAUUUUUAUAUUUGUUUAAAAAUAUCUGUAUAGAUAAGAGUUAGCCUCUGUAAUAUACACUGAAGUUAAUUUUUUUGAAUUCUAGGCUUUUCUUUAUGAACACUGAGUUAAAUAUAAUUUUCAUUUAUGAAAAGCCUGUCCCUGAAAACGCUCGUCCAGCUCCGGUGCACCUUCGCCUCCUUAUGUGAAGGGUAACAUUGAGGUGUCAGAGUCUGGACCAGUGCCUGUGCUUCGGGGCUUAUUUUGCUACUAUCUUUUGAUUUUGGGGGUUAUUUUGAGUAUCUGUGGUCUUUUUUUCCUCCCACCCCAUCUUGUGUUUGUGGUUCAACUGGCAUUAGUGAUAGUGGAGAUGGUCAGAUAUUGUCACUACUACUGUGAGAGAAAAGUCAAUUCGCCUGAAGGCUUCAUUUAGAGCCUUGCUGCUUUGAUGUUAAGGAGUUAAAAAGGCUUUAUUUUCCCUCCAUGUCAUGUUUGCAUGUGAACAGUAACAGUAGCAGUGUGGACGCUCAGUGCAGAAGCGUUCAGAGGCAACACACUCUGAAUCAUCACAACAGGUGGGAGCACGUGAUGUCGCUUAUUCUGCUCCAGUUGUUGCACCAAGUGGCUUUAAGUAGCAGUUAAGCGAAAACACAAGCUUUGUUAAAAAAACACCACAACGGAUCAAAAAGGGAAUUACGUGACGUUUUAUCUCUUUCUUUGCCAUUGUAUCUUUUUUUUUUAUAUAAUGAACCUACAUUCUAUAGUAUGUAUAUGAGGUUUUUACAUGAAUGUGUGGAUGUUCCAAAAUCUUGGCAUCGAAAAGCAGAGAAAAACAAAAUUGACUUGUAAAUAGGCCGAGUCAUUCCUAGCGAGUUCAACAAAUUGUAAUGUCCAAAAGAAGAUGUUUUAUGAAUAAACUAUGACGAUGGGUACAAAGUUAUAUACAAAACAAUGCAUGUAUAGUUUCAAGCAAUCGCACGGUGCAGUUGAAAAAAUGUUGUCUCCAUGUUUUCUCAAAAAGAAAUGAGAACAAGAGGAAGAAGAAAGUGUUGUCUAUGUUAGAGGUUUACAAAGAUGAAGAAUGAAGACAUUAUUCUGGUAUCUGUGACGCAGGCAUGUUCAGUCUUACUGUGAUGUUAUGUGAUGAUGAUGAUGAUGAUGAUGAUGAUGAUGAUGAAUAUGAAUAUGACGAUGACAAUAGAGUGCUGAAAGUCUAAGAGGUGGAAAUGCUUGAACGCACCCCAACCAGAGACGUUCGCCAGCGUUGGUGAACUCUUUCCACAGAGUGAUUCUCCCAUUUGUAGAGUAGUGUGAUAUAAGAACAAGAAUAACACAGAAAAUAGAUCUAUAAUAUAAUGAUAUAUAAAUUUAAAAGCCUACUGAUACUGGAGAUACUAAUUUAUCAGUGUGGAUGCCAUGAUAUUCUGUGAGAUGUGUGUGUUUUUCCUGUGAGAAGACAGCAGGCAGUUGAACCUGCCUUCUUUUGUACAUAACUUGCUGUGAUUGUGUGUCCAAUAAAGUGCAGCUCUCUUGUACA